GAUUUAUAAUAACGCACCCCCAUCAUCGUAAAUCCCCCCGCAAAUUAUUGUGAAGUCUUCGUCCUAAAUUUUUGUUAAAUACCCCCACCCACGGUUCGUGCACUAGACGUUCUGAAAGGGGAUGCGUAGUAACGCUUAGCAGAAUACAAAGAUUGGUUCGCCUUGGAUACAAUUUUGCUGUCUUUGAUGGUGGUCGUGAAACCAUCGUAAAAUGUAUUUGAUGGAGAUACCGUGUCAUAUAUUCUAGGCGCCACCUCGUUGCACUUACGGAGACCACCUCAACCUUACGGUGCAAUUCAACAGAAGAAAGAAAGGACUUGGAACCGGCUCAAAAUGAAACAAAAAUAUUGUAAGAAAAAAGAACUUAAGAGAUGCCUGAAGUUUGGGAACUUUCUGAGGCUUUGCCAGAGCUGCCCAUGGACCCAAUCACUGGAGUUGGUGUUGUAGCCUCCAGAAGCAGAGCACCAACUGGUUAUGAUGUUGUUUCAACAACAUCUGAUGGUCUGGAUGCUGAUCUGUGGAAAGAUGGACUUUUCAAGUCCAAGGUGACCCGAUACCUGUGCUUCACCAGGGUAUUCUCAAAAGAAAAUAGCCAUUUAGGUAAUGUUCUUGUUGACAUGAAGCUGAUCGAUAUAAAGGACACCCUGCCUGUGGGCUUUAUACCAAUCCAGGAGACUGUUGACACUCAGGAACAGGCAUUCAGGAAGAGGCGACUCUGCAUCAAGUUUAUUCCAAGAGACUCUACAGAGGCAGCCAUUUGUGAUAUUCGUAUCCUGGGAAGAUCAAAGCAGGCUCCCCCACAAUACACCUUCAUUGGAGAGCUAAACAACAUGGGUAUCUGGUAUCGUAUGGGAACUGUGCCACGAACUCAGGAGUCCUCUCACACAUCAGGUGUGACUGACAUCCAGAAUGUGAAUUCUAUCUCCACUUCAGCUUCUGUCCCACCAGCAUCCGUGACUAAGCAUUUUUCUAUGACCCUCCCCGCCAGUUUCAGAGGAAAAAACACAACUCGACCAGAUUAUGAACACCAAAACUCCAACCUCUACGCAAUCUCUGCAAUGGAUGGAGUGCCCUUCAUCAUCUCCGAGAAGUUUUCAUGUGCCUCAUCAGAACGGAUGGAUCUCAUCGGGAUUACGAUCAAAACAUUGGCUGAAAUUGAGAAAGAAUAUGAUUACAGUUUUCGUACCGAACACAGCGCUGCAGCACGGCUCCCACCCAGUCCAAGUCGAACACCCCUGAGCUCUGAGGCCUGAUGAACCGAACUACUACCUUCACCACUUUCUCCAGCAGGACAGAACUGUUCAAGUCCACUGUUGGCCACUCCACUCAUCCACAAUUGUAUUGAGGAAUAAAUAGGGCAACAUUGAAUUUGUAGAAGCUGUUUUGACCCUUUUCAUUGUAUCAAAAUGGGUAUGAGAAGCAAUUUAACAAAAAUAAAAUGUGAAGAGAACCACUCAACUUAAAAAUCAAAUGGGAAAGAUCAUUGUUCAAAAUCACAAUGUAGACGCAUUUUCCUUGACAUAUGGUUUUGCUUUUCUGUGUAUAGCAGUUAGAACUGACACUAACUAAUAAUUGAUGAAUUUGUCGUUAAUCCAUUAAUCGAUGAAUUGGAUGCAAAAAGUCUGGUUUAAUUUUCAUCCCUUUAUUCCAAAACAUGACAUUACUUUAACAUGACUGCGCGCAAAAUGCAGAAAAUUGGCAAAAAUUUUCAUAAUUGAAUUCCAAAGCAAAUAUUUUAUUUUGAUUCAACCCAAAGAUUAUCGGUCCGGUUUCGGAGGGACGGACGGAUGGAAGCACAAAUUACCUUUGCAACAGUUUUACCUCCAUAUAUGUAUAUGUGGCCUUUGCGUGAUGUACGUAUUAGGUCGCUAAUGUAUGGCAACUAGGCAGGUGACCACGGGGAAGCGCCAUGUGAGGACGCGUUCUGGCUGAGCUCCCUAUUGGAACUGUGAUCUCCAUGGAAGAUCAUCAUGGAAGAGAGAAGAGAUUCACCGAUUUUGUGCCCUGAUGCCUGCGGGACACAUACGAUCUCCCCAAAUCGCCCACUUUGGAUAUCGCCCACCGAACUCUGUGCAAGAGGAAUGAAAGGGCGCCUUAGUUUGUCGUAUUUCGAUGGAUACUUUUAGGACAGUGGUUCUUAACCUACCGAACCCCACCAGUUUAAUAUGCGCGUUCACCGAACCCCUCUUGAAUGAAAAAUAAAAGAUUGUUUUCCAAAUUCAAGACAUGUUUUUUACUCGUGCGCAAAAUGAGCUGUGCAUGAGCAUCACCUUGUUCAAAGAAAAAAAAAAAACACAAUGCAUUAACUCACAACAAAUUACAUACCUGCAAAUCAGUGUGACUUCGUCUGCUGCUUUUGCGAGACCAGUUCAGAUAUGCUAAGACAGACUCACCGAACCCCUAGGGUUCGAUCAAACCCAGGUUAAGAACCACUGUUUUAGGACAAUGGCGAGAAGGAGGCUUGUUUGUGGUUGUCCUGGUUAGUACUAUUUUUGUUUUGAGUAUUACACAGUUCCGAUGGGGCUUGGCCCCACAGGGUAGGCUUAGUAGAAGUUUUUGUUGAUUGGUAAAUGUCAUGUCUUUUUGCAGUCUCCCAUUGGGAGAGGGGCCUGCCAAGGGGUUUUGUUUUGUUUUUUUAUCUGUUUUUUUUGUUUUUCAUCUAAUUUUUUUUGCUGCCACAUUGUCAAUGUAGACCUUUACUGCUUACCAAAGGAUUCUAUGAGCAAUGUCUCCUGCCAGAAGGUAACAUUAUUCUUUGCUGUUUGUUAUAAUGGCUCUACCUGACCCUGGUAGACUUAUGGCGGCUACAAAAUUGGAACGUUAAGGGGGAUCAACCCUCUCUGGUGAAACGCAGCAAAGUAUUCACAUAUCUAUCCAAGCUGAAAGCAGAUAUAGCCUUUUUGAUUGAGACACAUUUGCUUGAUAAGAAUCACACAUGCCUUCAAAAAGACUUAAGGGAAAUGACAGAAGUGAACUGUGAUGAAAAGAUAUACAUAUGUAUAAUAAGAUAUGAUCUAUACAUUAUUUAGUUAUCGUUUUAUUUUUGAUUUUCCACCUUUUACAACACACACAUACCUUGGAAUCAGACCAGGUUCUUAUUCCUUUUCUCAAACAGUGCCUGUAUUUGUCCACAAAUAAAGAGCUGGAUAGGUCAGUCUCUACUUUUAUUUGAAACACCACCUUUCUGUGAAUUGGGAAGGCUUUUUUGGCCGGCCAGAAAGAGAAUGGAGGUCUAGCACUCCCAAAUUUCAUGCGGUAAACAUUCAUAAACUAAUGUAUUGGAUAACCACGUCCUACGAGGGUGGAGGCAUGUUAUGGGCUGAGAUGGAGCUCCGCUCCGCUUAUCCUUUGUUGUCAUCCCUUGUUUUUGCCCCACUCCCUUUGAGUGAAAAGCGAUUCAUGAAUAACCCUCUGGUGAGCAGCUCACUUCGUAUAUGAGCACAGUUCAGAACAUACUGAGGCUGCAUACAGGCCCUAUCUUCCCUCCCAAUUGAGUCAAAUGCACUCUUCCCUCCUCGCUCAUGGAUGCAGCAUUCAAAUUGUGGGCCAGAAAGGGGCUAAAGCGAGUGAAAGAUCUCUUAACGAAAGGGUGCUCAUGUAUUUUAAACAGAUGAUGAGUGACUACGGCAUUCGCCUCUCACACUUUAGAUAUUUACAAGGGCCUUUGUCAAGAAAUAUUUUACUUGUCCCUUACUCCACCCAGACAGAUGGCAUGACGAGUGGCUGGAGCAAUGGUGAGCAAACUAUAGCGAUAUCCAAAAGAUGGCAUUCCCUUCACUGGCCCGCAUAAGGGAGUAAGGUAUUCUUGGCGCAACAAUACACUGUAUGCGAAUGGAAAUCCUCUAAGUCUUGGCAUCUAACAACAGAAUACAUUCAUCAUCUUUCUGCGUCAGACACAGACUGCUUCAAUUUAAAGUUCUCCAUUGAUUACAUGUAUUCAGAAGCAGGCUUGCUGACAUCUAACCAGGUGUUGACUUGACCUGCAUCACGUCCCAUCAGGACCCAGCCACUGCCAUAUGUUCUGGUCAUGCCCAUCACACGCUUUUGGUUUUUGAGACUUUCUCUUAUGUGUGCAGAAAAUAGUUUAGUUGCAAUUAUUUAGAGUGGUAUUUGACAAAGCAACUGUCUGUGGCUCAUUCCAAUGCUGUGGCCUUCUCUGUUGGCUUGACGCCUUAUCCUGUCCAAUUGGAAGUCAGCUGUGUGUGGCAACCGUUCUUGGAUUAUUUUUGUCUCCGGCAGUGUGCAUAAAGAUGUGUAGAGACAUGCGUUAAAGUGACGUUCGGUAAAGUUGUUGCUACUGUGCUGAAAAACAAUGAUCGUGUCUGAAUUCCCCUUUUUCCCUAAUUCACUAUAUUCCAUUUGGCAAUUUGGACAGCCAUUUUACUAAUUUUGUCAUUGCAUAUCAGGUGACCACGAUAUGUAUCAGGACAAAGUGGCAUAUUAAGAUCUGACUUUUUAUUGUGAAUAAAAAUUAAUGAAUUGAAA